CAUCUAUUAUUCACCAUGUUGCAGGAUUGUUAUUGCUUAACUGUUGGAACAGUUGACGAAAUCAUUAUUGAUGCUCCAUGGAGUUAUGACAGUUGUCCUAACUGUACAACCACAUUUGAUCCAUCAAAAGGUGGCUCAGCUUGUCGUUCUUGCCAUACCAGUGUGAUCGAUACAGUUCCACGGUAUAAAUUAAAUGUUAGGAUGAAGCAUAAUGAGGACAAAGGAAACUUCCUUCUCUGGGAUGCAACAUGUAUCAAGCUGUUUGGUAAGACUGCUGGAGAAUGUCGAGAUGAGUUGAUAACGGCUGGGGAUGAUAUUAAGGUAUUUCCAACGUGUGUUGAUGAAAUCCUGUCGAAAACUUGGGCUGUCAGAUUUAAGUUCCGUUCACAAUUACGCCAAUCAUCUGUGUUGGAUGUGAGUGAAGAACUCCAUCAUAUUCAAUCAUUGAUAGCCACCCUUGGGUUGUAGGUAAUAACUAAAUAAGUUUAUCACAAUAUAAGGUCAACAACAAUAAAUGGUGUUUCUCCUGUGUUAAUAUUUUUCAUACAGGAACAAUCAAGUAAGGGAAAAAGAAUAGCUGUUGAGCCAGAAAG